UCCUGCCCGCUGACGCAGCCGGCGAGAGCAGAGGCGAGGCAGCGCCGCUCCGCCCGGCAGCACCGCCCCGGCAGGCGCUGCCCCGCUGCCCUCCCUCCCUGCCUGCCGCCGGCCUUCCCGACUGGCAGCGGCUGGGCCGGCGCCGCAGACAGGUGCUCCGGUGCGGGAAGACGUGGUGCCCGAGCCCGCCGGCGGCCGUCAGCGGGGGCAGCGUGAACGCCGAGGCUCGAAGUGCGCCUGGUCCUGCGGGAAUUGGGAAAGGAAAGUUAAGUGCAAAUCUUAGGAAUGCUGUAUUUCUGAUAGCCAAAACGAGGCAGUUCUGUGCAAGGGUUGGGAAGUUGUGUCCGUGUCCCUGGCUGCCACGCUGAGUCCUGUCUUUGUACAGUGAUGUUGAUGGGACAAAGAAGUGGAUGUCAAGAAAAGAGCAAGAAACUAGAGCUGGCACUAAGUGAGACAAUGAAGGCAGAAGCAAAAGUACAAAAUAAUGAAGAAGAAGCCGAAGAGCUGAAGGCCAAAGACCAGAGGCUAGCAUCAGUCUUUGGUGUGGCAGACUUAAAAAAUGGAGCUAUUGGACUAUACAACGUUGGACAGAGCUGCUGUCUGAACUCUCUGCUCCAAGUGUUCUUCAUGAAUAUACACUUCACAGGGAUACUUCGAAGGAUCACAGUGCCACCAUGUGCUAUGCAGAAGAGGAGGAAUGUCCCAUACCAAAUGCUCUUGCUGUUGGAGAAGAUGCAGUGUGGCAAGCAGAAAGCUGUGUCUCCCAUAGACCUUGCUUGCUGUCUUUCAGAAUACAGAGUGAAAUUGUUUGUGCAGCAUGAUGCUGCCCAGCUCUUUCUGAAUCUCUGGAACUUGGUAAAGAAGCAGAUGAAAAAGCCAGAGCUGGUUGAAGAGCUGAGCAAUUUGUACACUAUCUGUGUACAGGAGCACCUGGCAUGUCAGAAAUGCUCUUUAGAAACAAAGAGGAACAGCAACAUGUUAACUCUUCCACUCCCGGUGUUGGAUUCCAAUUCUCAUGCGCUGAGGACUCUGGAGAAAUGUCUGCAAUACUUUUUCCAUCCAGAAGAGCUGACUGAUCACAACAUGUGUUUCUGUGAACAGUGUGGAAGGAAGACACCUUUUCUGCAGAGCAUGAAGCUAGUCCAUCUGCCACAGACUCUGACCAUACACCUAAAGCGCUUCUGCUUCGAAGAAUCGGCCUACAUUCACAAACUUAGUCACUGUCUGCCGUUCCCACAAGACCUUGAUUUCAAUGCAGUCUUGACAGAAAAUCAGUGCCAAGCAGAUGACAGUGAAAAGGCUGCCUGGCAGUACGAGCUUUUUGCUGUUAUUGCUCAUUCAGGAUCAACUAGUUGUGGACACUACUGUGCCUAUAUUCGAAGUCUCACAGAAUGUAAAUGGUAUUGCUUCAAUGAUUCUGAGGUUUGCCAGGUAUCAUGGGAUGAUGUUAAAUGCACCUAUGGACACUCCAACCUCCACUGGGGAGAAACAGCCUAUCUCUUGAUUUACAUGAAAAAACACCCUCAGUAGCCUUAUCCAGGAGUAUCAGAAUGUCUUGGGAAGCUGUAUGUUGUCCGUGGAGCUUAGCACCUCUGUGCCAGUGUGGAUGUGUCCAAACGUUCCACAGGAAAGACAUUCUGCACUAAGUGACUUCUGCCUUCACAUUUAUUUAUUAGGAAAGUGCAGGGGUUGCACCUAGAAACAUUUUCUUUCAUACAUUUUGAUAUUUAUGUGAUUCUAUAUAUUAAUUUCCUCUUAAAAGAUAGUAAAGUUAAUCCUUGUCUCUGCUGACUUUACCGGUUUCUGUAAUGCUGAUUCCUAGAUUCCAGGGAAGAUUUGGCCUGAAAACCUGUGUGAUGUUCCAGGGAGGCAUAUGAUAUGGCUGGAGAGCUGUGAUAGCCAUAUCUAGCCAGUAAGACUGUAAGAGCCUGAGACUUACUCGGCCCUUUUAGCACCAUGUUAGAUGCCGGCAGGCUGGGCAGGGGCACCCCAAAAGUCUUGAGAAACAGCUGGAACAGGGACCAGGACCCUUAUGACACAUGCACCAGUGGUGUUUACUCCUUAAAACCUUCCUGAAAAUGAAUCGCUGCAAGGCUUGAGAUGUGUUUGAAAGAUGGUGUCAGCGUAAGGAGGUAUUUUUAAAUCAGGAGCUAUUGUAGUAGUUCUGCAAGGUGAGUUUGUAUAUAUUUAUACAGGUGAUUAUUGUUUUAGCAUGCUUAUCAGGCAUAUGUAUGCAUUUUCUUUCCUGUAUAGAGGAAAAUAUUCAGAGUAACAGAGAUUCUGAAGCCAGCUAGUGAUUUUGCACAAUACAAUCCAUACACUGUAACAAGAGGAGAAGUGAGAUGCCUUGAUGUCCUUGAACUUUUGGGAUUUUCCUUUAGUACUUUAGUACUUUAAUACAAGCCAGCUGCAAUUGUCUUGCUCUCUCCCUUCCUUCUCUGCCCAUAGAGUGGAAAUGUCCCUCAAGCAGGAAGUGUUCUGAAGAGAACAAUUUUAUAAAGAGAGUGAGUUAUUUUAAAAUUUGUUGAGUCCUGUCACUCUGUGCUGUUGGUUCAGCCCGUGCUCCCAUGGCAGGACCACAAAGCUGGAGGGAAAAUCUAGAGUGCUAGAAAGGAAGGUGGUAACGUAACAAUCAGAAGAGUGUUCUAAAAGUUCAUUGCAAGACUUGGCUGUGAGGAAAGUUAAAAACUUCGGUUAUGAUGCUUUUAAAGCUCUUGUGGUAAGUCUUGGUGUACCACAAUCUGUGAAAGGAUCAGUGAUUCUAGUAGUUUGAGAUCUAAAAGUACCUUCUAGCCUAAUGUAUUAUUUGACUGUAUCUUUACAAGGGUGCUAUUUUUGUGAGACUGAGCACAUUUUAAAAUUACUAGUUUAGUUAUAAUAGCAACUAUAUAUAACCUACUUUAAUUUUGCUAAUGGUGAAUUUGUUCCCAAAUCAUGUCCGUUUUCUGUCGAUACAUGGAAGGUAAAUUGAGAAAUCUUGGAGCAUAGCUGCAAAAUUUAUGAUCUAGCAGGUAUUGAUUUCACUGUACUAGCAAGGUCCAUUAUUCUGUUCAACUCUUUCUGUAUUUGUACUGUUCGUGCUGCAUUAAAAAAAUUCCCAGUGUAUUGUUUGUCACCAGUAUGAGGCAUUUUCAGCUUCUUCACCUUUGGGAAUGGGUUACACUCUUUCUAAAGCACCUUGCAGUGGGUGAGUGAGAAAACCAAGUUCCUGUCUGCUUUAUCCAGCACUGUGUAUUUGUGAAGUAGCUGAAAGAUGGUGCACUUCCUGAAAUGGAGAAGUUAAUGGGUUAAGAGGCUGAGAAGACUUCUAAUUUGAUACAACCUGAAAUUUAAAACCAAGCUAGGUGUAUGAAAGAUGCCUCAAAUGUGUCAUAACCUUCCAGGUAUCUUAGCAAUUGCUUCUUGAUGGAUGACAUAUAUGAAGGAUCUUUUCAGUCAGUAUCUCAAUGAAAAGUAGUCAAUGUUUUUUGAAUAAACUAGUAUGGGAUAAAUUCACUACAAAUAAGUGUUGUGGAUUAUUUUUGGUGUGUUUUUCCUAAACACCGUAAACACAGGUGGCAGGCUACAGGCCAUAUGCACAGAGGUUGUGUGCUCAGGUUAAGUAUUCAGGCUAAAGCUGCUGCUGAUGUUUAGCUCAACAGCCAAGGAAAAAAGGCUAAACCUUCCUGCCAACUUCGUCCUUGUGCUGGAGACACAACAGGUUUAUUGUCAAGUUUGCCAUCACGUGAGCUUAUAUUACUUCCAGAUCCUUAUGGGCCGUGGAAGGAGCAGAAGGGCAUGCAAACUGCAUUACAUAUAGAUUUAAAAACUCUGCCUGACUGAGCUGCUUUUGCAAAAAGUCACCAUGGCUGCCUGUGUGUCCACAGCAAAGUUUAGUCUUACGCCGUAUAACUGCCUAAGGAUGAUUUUAGCUAAGUGCAUGGGAUUCAGUGCUAGUGUACUGACAGACAGUUACAACAUGGAGACUGGUUACAACAUUGAGUACACCUCGCCCAGGGGCUGGCUACUGAAAAGCACUACCUGAAUUUCUGCCAGAAAGAAAGUUUUCUGCCAUAGAAGCACUGCAAGGGAAUCUGAUUAUAUGCCCUGUGUUUGAGUCACUGUGUGAAUGAAGCCUAGCACAGACAGUAAGGGUUGAAAAGCCAGGUAAAGCCAGUAGUACGUGUGUGGAGAGAUUAUUCCAAGUCCUGGUAACUCUUCCUGUCUGUUUUUUGUUUGUUUUGGGAUUACCCUAUCUUAAGGGAAGGAGCAGUAGCAAAAUACAUGUGCUCUGCUUCAUAUCUGACAGACCCCUCCUCAGAUUCAAAUAUUCCCUACCUUCAAGAAACACAGAAAAAUGGAAGAAAUAAAUAUAUGUAAUAAUAAAUAUCACAUGCAUGUAUAAUCUCUAAAAGUUGAAUGUUGUAAAUCCAAAAAUUUUACAUGAAAAUAAAGGAGAAAUAAUUUUUGA